UUCCUCCCUCCGUCCCUGGUUAACGGUGCCAUACUUUACGUUGUUUAUCUUAGCUGAUUGAUUGAAUUUGUCGAACAAAGAGAACUUCAUAUCCAAAGUAUUGAGGGUGAAUAAAGUGGCAUAGGAUAAAUAGUUAAAAAGAGACUUUCACAUUUUUUUUUUUUAUACAUGUCUAUUAGUAACCGGUAGGUAUAAGUCCUAGGCGCUGUUAAAUAUUAUUAUUCCUUAAAUCUUUAACUAAAUUCAAAGAGUUAGAGAUUAAAAGAUUCUACCGCCUAAGUGUAAAAUCAUGUGUAGUAACAUGAAACAGAGUCAAUGCCUGUACAAGCGAAGUAAUAAAAUUCAAGUUUCAAAGCGAAGACUAAUAAAUUACCUGAUCUUAUUUAGUUUAUGCCUGCCUUUUUUUUUUUUGGCAAAUCAUAUUAUCUGUAAUACCAUUGACCCCUUGCAACUUGCAGCUUUCAGAUCAUAUUUGCAAAGUACAAACGAGAAUACAGUAGACAUGGCUUAUGCAAGUGUGGCUUCUCUCAUGAGAACAAUUGAACUUCUCUUGACAUCCUAUUGGUCAUCGCAAUCUCUAAUCUGUGAUCACAGAGAAGAAUUUCUGCGUCUUCAUGAAAAACUGGAAGUAUUUCUCAAGAACUUUGAGAAAAGCAAUGUUUCUGGGGAAAUGACAGAUUUGGAAGUAAAGGUAAAAGAAGUUGCAAAUGAUGUUGAAUACACAAUUCAACUGAGACUAACAGAAACUGUAAAGGGACAAAAUAAAAGCCAGAAAAGAAAGGCACGUCGAAGGUUUCGUCAAAGCCUGCAACGGAUAGCAGGGGACAUUGACCGUGUCUUGAAAGAGUCAACAAAGAUUCAAGAUAAAGGCAAACACGCAUCAAAGAAAUCAUUGGUUCAAGAUUUUUCAAGUUCAGCAAAAGAUAUUCUUAAUGUUAAGAACAAUAUGGUUGGACGUGAUGAUCAAAGGAAAAGGUUGUUAGAAGAUCUGACCAGAGGCUACUCUGGUGAAACCAAAGUCAUUCCAAUCAUCGGGAUGGGAGGCAUUGGAAAAACAACUUUAGCAAAAGAAGUUUACAAUGCUGAGUACAUUCGUUCUCAUUUUGAUGUCUGUGCCUGGGCUACUAUAUCUCAACAGCACAAUGUAAAGGAAAUCUUGUUGAGCCUUCUGCGUUCUACAAAGGGUGACUCAUUUAACAUGGACGAUGAGCAAGAGCUAGCAGACAUGCUACAAAAAAGUUUAAAGAGGAGGAGAUAUUUAAUUGUGUUGGAUGACAUGUGGAGCGAUAAAGCAUGGGAUGACGUGAGGCAAUGCUUUCCGAUUGAAAACAAUGAGAGUCGAAUACUGUUGACUACCCGUAACACUAAAGUAGCUAAUUCUGCUGGUAUGCAGAAUCUUUCUUUGGAGAUGGGUUUCAUGGAUCCGGAUGAGAGUUGGAACCUUUUUGGAAGUAUUGCAUUUGCAAAUGAAGCAUUACCAUCUGAGUUUGAGUCUAUUGGGAAGCAAAUUGUUUACAAAUGUCACGGGUUACCACUAGCUAUUACCGUGGUUGCUGGGCUUCUCAAAUCAAAAAGGACAAUAAGAGAUUGGGGAAAUGUUGCAAAAGAUGUCAAGUCAUUUGUCACGAAUGAUCCAGAUGAACAAUGUUUACAUGUGCUCGCAUUGAGUUACAAUCACUUGCCCAAUAACCUAAAAGCAUGUCUUUUGUAUUUUGGUACUUUUCCAGAAGACAGUGAGAUUCCAGUGAAGAAAUUGGUGAGAUUAUGGAUAGCGGAGGGUUUUCUGAAGCUGGAAAAAGACUUGGAAGGGGAGGCUGAGAAGUGUGUACAAGAUCUUGUUGACAGAUGUCUUGUUCUCGUCAGCAAGAAAAGUAGGGAUGAAUCAAAAAUUAAAUCAUGUAAGGUUCAUGAUCUAAUACAUGAGUUGUGCUUGAGAGAAGCUAAAAGCCAAAAUAUUUUUGUCAUGAAAGACAUUGCAAAUGAUGACAGUCGAUUUUAUAGGACCCUUCUUACCCCUGGACAUCAUCAUUGGAUGAGGAGGCAGACAGACGAUGAAGGCAACAAUCUCUCGAAUCGAACCCGUUCAUUUUUCGUUCUUUUUAAAGGAUUUACAAGUUCUACUCUCGAACCAACGCUUAAUCAUUUCAAUUUACUCAGAAUCUUGGACUUGAGCCACACAUGGAUCGAAAACUUCCCUCCUGAGAUACUGUGCCUCAUUUGGUUGAGGUACCUUGCAAUGUGCGGGCAUAUUCACAUACCUUCAGAAUUUUGCAGGUUAUGGAGUCUGCAAACAUUCGUUGUUAAAACUAAUGAUUGGGCAUCUAGAAAUGUUUCAGAGACAAUUUGGGAACUGAAGCAAUUAAGGCAUCUGGAACUCAGAAUAUUAUAUUUGCCAAAUCCCCCAAGUGUAUCUGUUGGUGAAGAGAGACACUUAUCUUUUCCAAACAUACAAACUAUUUCUGGUUUGUCUCUUAGUAGUUGCACAAAGGAGGUUAUUUCAGGGAUUCGGAAUGCUAAAAAGUUAGAAAUCUAUGGAGAUUCAUAUAACUAUGAAAGUUGUAAAGAAUCUAGACUUCUCAAAAAUCUUGUCCAUCUACAUCAACUUGAAACAUUGGGUUUUUCUGGACCAUUCCAGACCAUUCUAAGUGCAAAAUAUUUUCCAGCAACGCUCAAGAAGUUAAAGUUGUGUGGAACUAAACUAAGGUGGGAGGAGUUGAACAUCAUAGGUGAGAUACCUAACCUUGAGGUGCUGAAGCUCUUCAGUGCUUGUGAGGACAGAGAAUGGCAUCCAAUUGCAGGUGGAUUUACUCGAUUGAAGCUUUUGAAGAUUGACAGUUGUGAUCUCAAGAACUGGAAAGCCACGAAUGACAAUUUUCCUGUCCUUGAGCGCCUUGUGAUUGCAGGUUGCCUAUCUUUGAAAGAGAUACCCAUUGAGUUUGCAGAAAUUAACUCACUGCAACUAAUUGAGUUAAUUCGUUGUACACCCAAAUUCAAGGCUUCUGCUGAACGAAUUCAACAAGAACAAAAAGAACUCGGAAACAAAGCUGUGGAUGUUCGCAUCUCCGUUGAUUUUGAUGAUGAUGAUGAGGAUGAGGAUGAUGGUGAUGAUGAUGAUGAUAUUGAAGAUGAUCAUUGAUAAUGAUGACGACGGCGAUGGAAGAAUUGUUCAGAUUUGUCAUGAAUAGUGCAAACUUAAUUUUAUUCAUAGUGUAAAAAGAAUGGAUAUUUGUUCUUACUUUCAGUUAAGGAGGUAAGAUCUUGUAUAAUCAUUUUUAUUUGUUUUGCUGAUCUACCAUUCAAAGUUUAGUUUCCUUUUUAUUUUUUUAAGCUUAAAAGGAAAAGAGCACUUGUAGAUUCUGUUAAACAUCUUUGCAUAAGAUGAAAACCGAACGAGUUAUAUCAAGAUGUUUAGAGUAACAUGUACUAAGAAAAGGGAAACUCUAGAUUAAUAGUUUGAGACUGCUGAUGCUAGUUCAUCGAUAUUGUUCUUUAUAUGUAAAUGUAAUUUGUUCUACCUUUUAAAAGAGUACUAUGAAACUAUA